AUGACAGAAGAAAAUGAACAACCAAUAAGUUGGUGUGAAGCAAGUUUAGUUGUGUCAUUUGAUAAGGAUAUUGGAGGAAAGAUAAUUGCACAAAACCCAUCAAACAUUACAGUAUUAUAUGGUGAAUAUUUCACUUCACAAGUAAUAUUUCUUGGAUUUCCUGAUCGAAUACAAGUGAAUGAAAUAAUUGAAACUAAAUAUAAAAUUUUUACAUUUAGAUUUCCAUUAAUUCAUUCAUCAAUAUACUGUCAUGUUUUAUUCAUCCAGAUACCUCACAUUAAAUCAAGAGAAUCAACCCAAAGAUCGUUAAUACUAAUUACUAAAAAUAAAGAAAUAUUACCAUAUCAUACUUUGUUAUAUCAACUUAUCCCAACAUUUAAAGAAAAUAUUUCUGAUGUAACAUCUUUUCUUCAAGUCCUAGAAAUGAAAUUUAACUCAUUUCCAAAAUACUGUCCAGGUAAAUCAGUUUCUUUAAAAUUAUUUGGUAAACGAUUUGAUGUAACUAUUUCAGGGAAAAAACCUUUUCCAUCAUUAUUAAGAAACUACUUACGAGAGUUAAGGUCAUUAUGGAUUUCGUUAUUAGUAGGUGAUUCUAUCGUUGUAUUAGGAGAUGAUGUCUGUGAAGUGAGUGAAGCAAUUGAAUACCUUGUUGGAUUAAUUUUCCCAUUGAAAUAUUCUGGAGAAAUUCGGCCAUACUUUACGAUUAAUGAUCCUUUGAUUCACAGUGAAAAAAGUUUUAUUGUUGGAGUAACAAAUAAAAUGGUUCUUAAUAUCAUUCAAAAAAAUAGAAAAAUAACUCUUCUUGAUUACCAAAAAAGUGUUUAUCUAAGACAUGUUGUUGAUAAAAGAUUUGAAGUUGUUAAAACAAUGAGCGAUACUCAGGCUGGGAUAAAAGUAGAAAAAGAGUUUGAAAGAAAUACUAUUGAAUUUCUUUCAAUAUUUGAUAGCUUUUUUAUUCAAAAAGUUCCAAAAAUGAAGACUUUAGCAGAUCCAUUUGUUACUGCAUCAUACACUACUCAAGAAGUUAUUAACUAUAUUAAGCAAUUCCAUUUUUCUAGUGGAAAAGAAGAAACAUAUAUUUUAUUUAUUCAUUCACUCUCUUUUUCUAGAUAUUCAACUUCAAAAAUAUCAGAAAUAGAACAAGAAUCUUUAAACCAAUUAAAUAGUUUAUUGGAUUCUUUUGAUAUGAAUCAAUACACACACGAAGAAAUAUCAAAAAUAACAAUAAACCUUUUCUCAUUUUCAAAGUUACCAAACACUUCAAUUAAUUCUAAAGCAGAACGUUUGAUUAAGCUGAUUGUUCAUUCAACUUCAUAA